UAAGCCGGGUUUCCAGCACACCGCCCCAGGCACCAGAGCUACCUCCCUAGAGGGAAGAGACCCCGAAGGAGCACCCGGAGGGGGCAGACCAGCCUGACCCGCUCUCCCCGGCCCCGGCAAGCGCCUCGGCGGAGGGGCGGCGCGUCAGGGCGGGUGCCCGCCGCCAGCUACAGACCCUGGCCGCCCGGACGGGCAGGCAGGGCCGGGCCGGGCUGGUCCUCACUGCACAGUGGGACCGGGCGGCGCGGAUCCAGGCUGGCUCCGGCAGGGGAGAGGGGCGAAGAUUACACACCCAGUAGGAGCCCGUCCAUGUCAAAGAUCAGGUAACUCAACGCUGGGCAUCAAGAUCAUUGAAAUAACACUUGCAAAAGUAGAAAAGAGCUGUGUCAGGUUCCCAAGUUGACAUGCUGGCUUGGAAGAUUUGUACUACUUUGCAGUUCUGUGUGAAGACAAUGUUCCCUGUGACUGGACUUUGUACCCAUUUCCUGCUAAUAAAUGCACAGCUCUCUGGCUUCAAAGCUAGAGGCAGAAACUGAAACAAUUCCCUGCUGUAAGGGUUCUCUCCAGGUGGAUUUUACCAAGUGGAGACCUGUAUCUAGGUGUUAAAUGCCUGUCAGACUGGCAGCUGAGGCUAUUUUGAUGCCAGGAGAGCCACAGUCACCAAUAGGGAGCAUUGAAUGCUACUUGCUGGCGGAGGAGCGCGUGUUGUGGGGAGAGGAGUCGUGAGGAAGGAAGAAGAUGAGACUCCUUUUAUUUCUAAUAAUUUACCAGUGCGCCAUAAAGAGCUUCAAAACACAGAGUGCUUCAAAUCCCAAUGUCAUUUUACUGAUGGCUGAUGAUCUUGGUAUUGGAGACCUGGGAUGUUAUGGGAACAGAACCUUAAGAACUCCCAAUAUUGACAGACUGGCAGAAGAAGGAGUGACACUUACUCAGCAUAUAGCAGCAUCCCCACUUUGUACUCCAAGCAGGGCAGCUUUCCUGACGGGGCGCUAUCCCAUACGAUCAGGAAUGGCUGCCUUCUCUCGAGUCGGCGUUUUCGUGUUUUCUGCCUCAUCUGGGGGACUUCCUUCUGAAGAAAUCACUUUUUCCAAACUCCUGAAGCAGAGAGGUUAUGCAACAGCUCUAAUAGGAAAGUGGCAUCUGGGGAUGAACUGUGAAAGCAAUAAUGACUUCUGUCACCACCCCCUCAGUCAUGGAUUUGAUUACUUUUAUGGGCUCCCCGUGACCAAUCUUAGAGACUGCAGACCUGGCCAAGGCAGCGUGUUUUUAAAAGGGGUUCAGAAAUACCUCAUGAUCCCAAUCCAAAUUGCUGGAAUCACCCUGGUCUGUUUGGCAAUAGUGCAGUACAUUGGCCUGCUCAAAGUGCCUUUCCAAGCACUGGGCUACUGCUUGGUAAUAACAGCUCUUUCACUUGUGGGUUUGAUUUUUUUCUUUUACAACUUUCGAUACUUGAACUGCUUCUUAAUGAGGGAUCAUCAGAUUAUCCAGCAGCCACUGUCCUAUGACAACCUUACUCAGAGACUGACAAAGGAAGCUGUGCAGUUUAUAGGAAGGAACACUGAUGCACCGUUUCUCCUUGUCCUGUCUUAUCUUCAUGUCCAUACUGCUCUAUACGCUUCAAAAACUUUCAGAGGAAAGAGCAAGCAUGGUCUAUAUGGGGAUGCAGUGGAGGAAAUGGACUGGAGUGUAGGACAGAUUCUGGAUGUGCUGGAGAAAUAUGAGCUGACUGAUAAAACUCUUGUGUACUUUACAUCUGACCAAGGGGCUCACGUUGAAGAAAUCUCUAGUUCUGGAGAAGUCCAUGGAGGAUACAAUGGCAUAUAUAAAGGUGGAAAAUCAACAAACUGGGAAGGAGGUAUUCGUGUGCCAGGGCUUCUCCGUUGGCCUGGAGUGUUACAGGCUGGUGUCUCUAUUGAUGAGCCAACAAGUAACAUGGAUAUAUUUCCUACCAUAGUCAAACUUGCCAAGGCACAGCUACCUUCUGGCAGAAUUCUUGAUGGACAUGAUCUGAUGCCCUUACUUCAAGGAAAAGUUGCCCGAUCCAAGCAUGAAUUUCUUUUCCAUUACUGUAAUGCAUAUUUAAAUGCAGUGCGCUGGCAUCCAGGAAACAGUGAGUCUGUCUGGAAAGUUUUCUUCUUCACCCCAAAUUUCAGUCCUGAAGACUCCAAUGGUUGCUAUGACUCUCACGUUUGCUUCUGCCACGACGGAUUCAUCACACGGCAUCACCCCCCACUGCUCUUUGAUCUUUCCAGAGAUCCUGAAGAGAAAGUCCCAUUGACUCCAGAAACAGAGAGCCGUUUCUACGAAGUCCUCAGGGUCAUAGAGCAGGCAGUAGACAACCACACCAGAUCACUGGAUGCUGUCCCUGAUCAGCUCUCAUGGAACAACCUGAUCUGGAAGCCGUGGCUCCAGCUUUGCUGCUCCUCUCUCUCUGAGUCUUGCUACUGUGACUAUGACUCCGAAGGGCACCUUCUGGAGGGGCAUUCAGGAUGAACAAGCUGCAAUUCCCUUCUAGAAACGGGGAUGAGAGUGUGUGGGUAGCUGACUUGAACCACUGUAGGCAGUACUAGCCCUCAGAAGGUUUGGUAAUGUGGGAGGACCUGUCUUGCAAUGCAUCAUUGCAGUAGAAGAGAAUUUGCAUUAAGAAAAUGUGCCAAGAGAAAGGGGGAAAGACAUAACCUUUUCUGUCUUUAUAAAAAUCAGCAUGAAGCAUGUGAUGCCAUCCUUACCUACAAAUGGGUAGGCUGUAGGCAUUUCCUAGAUGAAGUAAUUUUCUAAAUCUUCGGCUUUUUUUCUUACACAGCAAGAAAUUGACCUAGUUUCUGUCAAUUACAACCACUAAAUGCACACUUGCCUGUCCUUUUUGCUAAGUGUUAUCCACCAUUAAUAGGACACAGCACCAAGUAAUUAAAAAUAGGGAGAUAAUAGUGGAAAGGCCCACCUGUGACUAUAGUUUGAUAACUGAGAGAUGGGUAAAAGAGCAGAUCUGUAAAAGCAUUGCUAUCAACAAGCAUCACAAAUAUGAAAUAUUAAACAGAUCGCAAACAAUCUAACAUUGCAUGUACCAUAAAAAUAUGGAGUUAUGUAGUGGAAGGCUUUGCUUCCAUAUUAAAAUGGUGCUCCCUAGCUAUGACUGCAACCUGUCUCUCUCAAAAAGUAACCACAAGUGCUCUUGUUAUGUGCUUGAGUGUGUACACAAGUAUCUCUUUGUUUGUAUCUCUCUCUGCGUGCAAGCCAAAUUCAUAACCCCCCCAAAAACCCUUCAGUAUCUGAUAUAGACACACCCUCAUGGUCAUUAGCCCAGUUGUUAAAAUUAAAGAUUUGCUCCAUAGUUGGAAUAUGAGUUCCAAAUUCACAUGAUUCUACAAAGAUAUCUUCUGCUACCUAUAUCUACCAGACCUAUUCUUCCACUGGUGAAUGCAGUGUGUAUCACAAAAAACCAAACUCUGAUCUUUCUUUAAAUAUCUUUUGCAUCAUUUAAGAUCUCAGAAUAGAAUUAGUAAUCCUCUGAGAAGGCAUUUGGGCUUGAGCACUUAAAGCCAAAUAUAAUUGUCUCUGAGUUGUUAGCAAGGUCUUGGGAAAAUACUUUAGGGCUAAUUUCUAUAUCCAUUUUUAUCUGCGUAUUAUUCAGGCGCAUUUUCUUUCCACUCCACAGGCAGGCAAACUAUUUUCUUUGGCAGAUUGUGCCCGAAGAGAGCAUAUCAGCAAAAUACUGAAAUGAUUUCAUGUCUGAUAAUAGAAGGUGACUUGCUCCUUAUCAGAAAACACUAGUUAAUUCCAACAUUAAAAUGUAUUAAAAUCCGUCUGGUGGUAUUAGCACACCACUAAUGCAAAAGUGAUCUGUGAUGAUAGUAAUGCAAUAGCUUGAGUCAGCCAGCAUUAAGUUUGUGACCUGAUUCUUGGGAGCUGUUGAAAUCUGUCCUAUAAAAAUAUAUUGUGAUAUAUGGUAUAUUUCUGUGUCUGUAAAACAUAGGCUUUAUUUAUUUUUCUGCCGCAGCUUCAUUCAAAGUUUCAUUCUCAACAGUAUCCAAAUGCCUGUCCUGGGACAUGUUGUACUCUUUCCUUGCAGUCCUAUUUUUGAUGUUUUACUUCAUGUUCUUGACUGUAUGUGUUCUGCGAGCUCUCAGUAGGCAGCAAAGCCCUGUCUAUGCUGAUAAAGUUGGUCUGUUCACUUAUUUUUCUGAUAUCACUUAGGAAUAUUUAUAUCUUACCUGGAAAGGUGUCAGAUGGCCAUUCAUGCAUCAUAAUUCCCUAUGUUCUUUAUUUAAUCUCUGAAUGUACUACAUAAACUUGGGAAGAAAUAGUAGGUUACCAGGAGUAGUCAACAUGGAUUCAUCAAGGGGAAAUCAUGCUUGACCAAUUUAAUAGUCUUUUACAAUGGCAUAACUGGUAGGGUAGAUAAGAGGAGAGCAGUGGAUGUUGUCUACCUUGACUUCAAAAAAGGCUUUUGAUACUGUCUCCUAUAUCAUUGCCAUAGGCAAGCUUAGGAAGUGCAGGUUAAGUGCAGGUUAGGAAGUGGACCAUGAGAUGGGUUAAGAACUGGCUGAAUGGCAGAGCUCAGAGGGUUGUGAUCAGCAGUGCAGAGUCUAGUUAGAGGCCUGCAGUUAGUGGUAUUCUCCAAGGGUUCAGUACUUGUUCCUGGCUUGUUCAUCAUAUUCAUCAGUGACCUGGAUGAAGGCAAACUCUGCAAGUUCACUGAUGAUACAAGCCUGGGAGGAGUGGCUGGUACAUGAGAAGGCUGUGCUGCCAUUCAGGGAGGCUUGGGCAGGCUGGAGAAUGGGGUGGAGAUGAACCUAAUAAAGUUGAAUGAGGGCAAGUGCAGGGUCCUACACCUGGGGAGGAACAAAUCCACACACCAGUACAGGUUAGAGGUUGACUUGCUGGAAAAAAAGCUCUGCAGAGGAAGACUUAGGAGUCCAGGGAACAAGGAGUUAACCAUGAGCCAGCGAUGUGCCAUUGUGAGCACCCCAGCACUGAGCACCACAGCAUGGGGGGAUGCUUUCAACAGCUUCUUUAGCUCUGCAGCAGCCCACACAAAACUUUUCAAGCAGAUAUUUCUGCAGAAGCAUAUGGGGGAAAAUAUGUUGUGUGUUAGGUGUGCAGACAAGGUGUUUGAUGUCAUUGCAUCUAUCUUGCUCCCACAGUUGCUGGGCUGUGACCUUAAUAGGGAUCUCAAUUUAUAUUCUCAAGGACAUCUAUAUCUACUUCUUUUCAUUGGGGAGAUGCUAUGCUGCUAUUAUUUCUUUUCUUUCUGCAGGUGCAAGAUCUGCUUGUUCUGCUAGGCACAGCAGCUGUUCUGUGCUGCCUGCCUGAGGUAUCAAAAAUGAAAACUUGCUACUGUGCUGAUUUCUUCUUGCCUUUCUUUUACAUCCUGUGUGGCUUUUGAUGCCUUCUCCUUUACAGCAUCCACACCCCUCAAAUAUUUUCCUACCUAUUUCUUUGCCAUUCAGUCCUUCUGUUUGCUUGUCAUAUUGAUUGUGAUGGCUAUUUUGCCCUAAUCAAUGAGAAAAUGAGAUGUGGUCUUUGUGAAAAGCUUUGACCUUUAGGUCUCCUUGACCCUGCUAACCUUCUACCUACUUAAGGAUAAACGCCUCAGUAUGCAGUCUAAGAAAUUAAAGCACACCCAAGACACCCUGAAUAAUGAAAGUUAUUUCUCAUGUGUGGAACAAGCUUCAUGUUUUCCAAAAUAUGAUUUAGUACAUUUAAUGUUUUGACUUAAGCAGUGAAAUAUGAAAUCUGUCUUUACAAUGAUUCCUUCAAGAAGUUUCUAUUAAGAAUAGGGCAGUAUUAUUCAUGCUCUAUAUUUGUGCCAUUUUAUUUAAUACCUAAAAUAAACCUUCUCUGUAUUGCAAAUGUAUUAUACCUUUCAGUACUGUACCUUCUGCUCUGAAGAUGGCAUGUCAAAUGAUGGUAAU